CGUGCCCCGAAGAGGUGCCUGCUAGCCAGCCCCCUACGCCCCGGGGGUGGACCAGACCCCAGAGCUUUACAGGGUCCUUUGUCCCGGUCCGAAUAGGGAUGUUUCUAGCCCUGCUAGCCCUCUGCUGUGUCUGCAUCCCACCUUAUAACUCGACACCACCAUAUGCGCCCACGUGCGUGUGUAAAGAGGAGUAGUAGCUCUCUUUCUGUCUCUUUUUCACCAUUACACAGAGCUUUGGUUUCUUCCCACGGUUCUUAGAAAAGCCAGUGUUGGAGUGGAGAGGAUUAGAGUGGUAGAGGGGAGAUACAGCCCCUUCUUGUCUUCCCUUGCUAGCCAUCAUCACUGUACUUAAAGCUGUACAGAAGGCAGACUGUGCUUCACUGAACCUCCAGCACUGGCCUAGGUGGUGCUCUCACUUUUGCUGUAUGGACUCUUGCUCAGUAGCAUGGGAGAAGAGGAAGGACUACAUCAAACACAGUUACUGAGGUUAAGCAUGCCAGUAGAAACUCGGGAGGAGCGAGGAGACACUGCCUCUCCAGUAGGUGAAAUACAGCCAUUGAGAUGUUUGCUUCUGUGCGAAGCAGCGGCUCCUGACUUCCAUCAAGUGUGGAGCUUCAUGGGAGCCAGGAGCUGGGAGCCCCUGCCUCUCUCCAGCCAUGCCUUGUGGACCUGCUCACCCCUGGUUCCUGAAUGCCGUCUUUGGGACCCAGUCCAUAUGUUCCUGACCCAUGUUGUACCACACUCUUUCUAUAACCUGGACACAAUGUUUGUUCGAGGACUAAAGAGAAAAUGUUUUGAUGGUGAAGAAGAUAUUGAAGGGACUCUGGCUGGUAUUAAGGCUAUUCCUUCCUAUAAUCUUCAGAGGCAGUCACUUUUAGAUAUGUCCUUGGUUAAACUUCAGCUGUGUCACAUGCUGGUUGAACCCAACCUCUGUCGUUCGGUACUUAUAGCCAACACGGUACGUCAGAUCCAAGAGGAAAUGACUCAGGAUGGGACUUGGCAGAUGAUAAAUACACAGAGUACAGGGCAGACAUCCCUGGAUCGUCUUGUUUCAACAGAUAUCCUCUGUCGUUCAUCUAGGGAACAAGCUGAGGGAAAGCAUGUUCCAGGCUAUGGUACUUUGAGUAAAGACUUUGAGGGUGACGAGGGACAAGAUAGUUCAGAAACUAUGUCAACAGCCUCUUCAGUGCAAGCUCCGAGAAACCUGCAGAGCAACGUGUGGGAAAUGGAGAAUCCACAAGAAAAUAAAGGAAACUUUCAGAAAUCUUUAGAUCAAAUAUUUGAGACACUGGAGAAUAAAAGUCCUAAUUCGGUUGAAGAUCUGUUUUCAGAAGUUGACAAUUCUUACUAUGAUCUUGAUACUAUGUUAACAGGCAUGAUGAGCAACACAAAAAUGGGACAUUGUGAUGGGCUUGAAACAUUUUCUUCUCCAACAAAUACAGCUUCUAACUCUAAUUGUAAAUCUGAUCUUAAUGAGCUUGAUCAUAUUGUGGAAAUCCUUGUUGAAUCCUGAAACUCCUUGUGUAGGAGGUAAAGGUCUGUUAAUGCGAAGAAAAGACUUGAGAGUUUAAUGUUAAUGGGAAGAAAAGACUCCAUAGUUUGUUCUAUCAAAUCUGCACGAGUAUUUUACAAAUAUCUAUAUAUUAUAUAGAUAUAUAUAUUAAGAAGCACUUCAUAUUGCAAAAUAGUGUUAACUCUUAAAGUUAACCUGCAACUUGUAGUGUAAUAAUCUGAUUUAUCGUCCACUGAACUGUAAGUACAUACGGUAAAUGUUUCUAAGUUUGGGGUCCGAGGCUCUUGAAAUUGGGUUCCUUUUACCAAUUUGUUUUAGCCUUUGAUGGAGGAUAAGCUCAGUGAGAGGAACUCUGUCAUCUUCUUAUACUUCUCCCCAUAAAAAUGAUAAUAAACCGAGAGAGAAGUUGGAUAACUGGUUUCCUAUUUUCCUCCGGUUUCCACUUUGUGGUGUGUUAGCCACAAAACUCCUACCAUAUCUGCUGCUUCUGUUCUAAGUCUCUACAUGGCUCUUAAAGAGCAGUAUGCAAUAGUUCCUGUUACCCUUGCUAGCUUCUUCUGGGUUUUGCUACAAUUUUUACUUCACAAAUAGUUUUAAAGUGUUUACUGGUGUUUAGAUCUUUCCAGGUAUUUUCCUAAAAUAUAUUUUUACUACAGAUGUUAUGUCAGCUGCUAACUUAGUAACUUUUGAUCAUAUCUGCAGUUGAUGUAUUUUUUGCAAGAUUUUCAAAAAGGGAUGUUUUUUUACCAUGAGCUACCUAAUGUAGUUCAGUAAAGUGUAUGUAAAUGUAAAUAUACGAUUUUAUACUUUACAUUAAAAUGUAAGAGCUGUUUUCAUUAUUCUGUUUUAUAGAGUAGUACUUUACUAAAUUGAGAAUUGUACAUUUAUGCUUUUCAUACCCCGCAUACUUGAGUAUCAUUAUAGGAAGAGCUUUGAUCCAGCUAGAUACAAUUACAUUUAAUUCAUUUCAGACCAUACUUUUUGUUAACUACAAACCUAAAUUACGUAGGUUUUUAUUUAUGUGUAUUUAUAUGUAAAUGUCAUCAAGUGAAUUGUUUAUCACUGAAGUCUACCAUCAAAUAUUUGUUUAUAUGGGAUAACUAUCUUGCACUAAUUACUACAAAAAGUGUUAUUAGCGGCCUUUAAAUCUCACUGGUAUGUCAUGAUGUCUUGUCAUAAUUAAUAUGCUCCACUCUUACCAAGGGUUUCCUCUUGGCUUUUUUUUUUUAUAAUAACAAAAGAUAAUACAA